AUGUCUCCCUUUACCACCCCGCCUCCGACAACUUUCUCAACUCGUACCAGAACUGUUCCAACUACCAACAAGGUAACCACAACUCGUCGGAGAACUACUACAACUCUUCGGAAAUCUACCAGACACCCAAGUUGUUCUCAUCGAAGUUUCGGUUCCAACGACGGAAGCAGAGAAAUUGUACAGCAAUUUUCGGAUAGUGUGGCGAAAGCACUGAGAUCUGGAAAUAAGCGAUACCAUCUUUCAAAACUGUAUUCUGACAAGUAUUUUAUGAAACAAUGUUGGAAAACCUACACAAAAAAAGAUUUCGUGGAUUAUCGAGUGAGAAAGUCCCAGAGAUUCGAGACACUUGGUGUUCGUUAUCUAAGCUCGAAUGUCAUUGAAUUCAUCAGUUCAUCUGGAUGGGAAGUACGUUACGUCGAAAAGUUGAAGAAAGUGAAUGGGAAAUGGAUUAAUAUUGGUGGUUUUGAUUGUAAUUGUCCUAGUCGUAGAGACUAG